UGCUUUUGACUCUCCGCUCGACUUGUUGCGGCUCGAUGAUCGAGUGCCAGCCGAGCUGGCACUCUUUGCGGUCUUCUUUGGGGGCAUGUCGAGCGACUAUCGAAUGGUGUGGGACGAGCGCUCCUUCGCGUGACGUCAACGUCCACGCCUACGCGACGAAGUGGCUCUUUCCUGCUCCAGCACGGUCGAUCAAUCAGUCAUGGUCGGCACGCUUCCCUCUGCUUUCCAUCCGGACGAUCACGACGGCAAGAUCAACACGGCACCAGACGGGCCCACGCCGGACAGACGCACUGGCAAGCCUAUCGACCUCAAGUGGGGCAUACUCGCCACAGGUGGCAUCUCCCAAAGCUUCACCAAGGACAUCCUCAUCAGUCCCAAAACGAGAGAGGUGCAAGAUAUCACUCAUCACGUCGUAGCAGCCGCUUCACGUUCAAAGGCAAAAGCACAAGAAUUCGUAGACACCUAUUGCAAGACGAUCGACGCUCAGCAAGCUGGCGUAUCGACGCAGGCCUUUGGCUCUUACGAAGAGCUGGUUGCAUGUGAUGAGGUGCAGAUCGUCUACAUCGGCUCACCACACUCCCACCAUUUUGAGCAUGCUAAGCUCUGUCUGAAUGCCGGCAAGCACGUCCUUUGCGAGAAGCCGCUCACAGUCAACGCCGCCCAGGCCGAAGAGCUCGUACGACUAGCGCGAGAGAAGAAAUUGUUCUUCAUGGAGGCAGUGUGGACCCGCUUCUUUCCCAUCAUGUACGAGAUCCAGGCAAGAAUACGUGCUGGCGAUAUUGGCGAUGUGACGCACGUCCACGCCGAGUUCGCCAUGAACGCUAGUGUCGACAGUCUGGCAGACACGGAGCGACUGAUCGAUCCCAAGCUUGCCGGAGGUUCACUGCUCGAUAUGGGUCCCUAUCCGCUACUGCACGUUCUUCUCGCGCAACUGCACCCGCUGCUGGCUUCACAAGGCAAACAGGACAGCCAAGAGCCGAUCCCACUGCCCAAGAUUGCCGCCUCGAGCGUGUUCGGCUCCAAGAAGCUAGCAGAUCGCGUCGGAGGUCCAAUUGACGAAGCUACGACCGCUAUAUUGACUUGGCCAUCCGCACACGCCGGCGAAGGAGCAGACGAAGUCGAGACGGUCAUCAGUACUUCCUUCCGACGAGAAGGCGAUCCCCAGCGUGUCGUACAGAUCCAAGGGACCCGCGGCACCAUCAGUAUCUCAUCCACCCCAUGCCGGCCGACAGCUUACAAGCUUCGCUCGUGGGCCAGUCCGUCGAGCAUGACAUACGGCGCGACAGCCGAGCACCAGGAGGAGCACACAUUCGAGUUGCCUGGCGGAAUACAUGGCUUUGGCUUCGAAGCCGACUGUUGCGCAAGAGCUAUCAGAGCUGGUGAGAUUGAGCACAGUCGGAUGCCGCACCGCGAGACUAUUCUCCAGAUGAAGAUAUUCGAUGAGAUCCGCGGGCAGACCGGCUUGACCUAUCCAGAAUCCAUCGAGGCCGUGUAGCUAUCAUUCGAUUGCACCGGACAGGAGCAGAGCUGCACGCGCUGCAGCAUUGAUGUGCUUGAAACGAUCAGGACCCAGAUGAACCCCGCCGAACCAUCGUGAGACGACAACCACCACAUCAGUCGCAUGACAAAGCUCGAGCAGAUGAGCUAAGCGGCCUCCCGCUGCGGUCUCGCCGUCAUCGUCGCAAUCGUGAUGAACGAUGCCCGUAUCGGGUGCUCGCCAACGCCAUGCAGAGAUAUUGUGUGCAGCUCGGGCAAUCUUGCGAUCUGAAAGGAGAUACGAGAGCACGCUACUAACAUCGUCGCGAGACUUCAAACGACAGGCAUGGCCGACAAAGACGGACUUGCGGUCCACAAUUGG